UAAUUGCGGCAUCUCAUCGAUGGGAAGAUGAAAUUGUGCUCAAUCUAACGUAACUUGAUGGCUUUCAAUGUUUUUUAUUAUACUUCUUUUUCCACUGGUAUAUAGUAUAUGAUGAGAGAAACACAUCUGUGUACUGUGUACUUAUGUUCCUAAUAACGGAUAAUAUUUAUUUCUAACAGCAAUAUUAAAUUACAGGCGAUAUCAAUGUAUUAAAUUAAUACUUAGAGAUAAUUGUGAAUUGGUGUUCUUUAAGUGUAUUUUCAUUUGAUAUUAAUUUUCUGAAAAGACGAAAUCUUGUAUUUGUAUUUAUGUUCAAUUGUACUGCUUACGUAUAUAUCUAGUUGUAAGCAUUUACAUGGAUUUAUGUCAGAUCAACCACAUGUUAGGGUAUUUAUAAAUAUGAAUACAAGUCUUUUCAGGUUAGCUCAGGUUUGAAUUUAACAAUUUCAGCUAGAGAAAAUACAAAAUGGCAACUUGGCAGUCUGCUCCAGGAUACCCACCACCACAAGGUUAUCCUCAACCAAAUCCUGGCUAUCCACCUCAAGACGGGUUUAAUCCAGGAUAUCCACCUCCAUACGGGACAAUCCCACCAGCACCUGGAUUUGUUCCUCCUCCAAAUCAAAUACCAACACAAGGUGGGUUUUCAGCACAUCCAAGCAUGUAUGAUACAAAUUAUGCAGAAGAUCCUACACAACAUGAUUUGUGUAAAGGAUUUGAUUUCAAUGAUAAAUCAAUUAGGCGUGGAUUCAUAAGAAAAGUGUAUAGUAUACUGAUGUCACAGCUUCUGAUUACGGUGGGAAUAAUAGCAUUAUUCCUUUAUCAUGAACCAACGAAGCUUUGGGUGCGACACCAUACAGAAAUAUUUUGGAUUUGUUUUGCAGUUACAAUUGUUCUGAUCAUAUGCAUGGCUUGUUGUGCAGAUGUUAGACGAAAGUCUCCAAUGAAUUUCAUAUUUCUGUUCUUAUUCACGUUAGCAGAAAGUGUAUUAUUAGGUACAGCUGCCUCCACGUACAAUUCUGAAGAGGUUCUACUGGCCGUUGGAAUUACUGCAGCUGUUUGUUUUGCACUGACGUUAUUUGCAUUCCAAACGAAAAUCGAUUUCACUGGAUUAUCUAGUUUUCUUUUCGUCGCGUUGGUUAUUCUUAUGCUUUUUGGAAUAAUCACAAUUUUCUGGCAUGGACCAAUUGUAAGAUUAGUUUAUGCAUCGGUCGGGGCUUUGCUCUUUUGUAUUUACUUAAUUUACGACACGCAAAUAAUGCUUGGUGGUGACCACAAGUAUGCAAUUUCUCCGGAGGAGUAUAUCUUCGCGGCAUUGAAUCUUUACUUAGAUGUUAUUAACAUCUUCAUUUACAUUUUAACUAUUAUUGGAACAUCACGUGAUUAAAUAUUGUAAUAUAUAAUGGUGUUGGCAGUCGUUGGGAUUAAUCUUUAACGUGAAAUGCUUUUAUUCAUUAUUAUUCUGUUUUGACUCUCUUUGCUUGUUUAAUUCAGAGAGUAUUGCAGACGAAUAAUUGAGAUCUAAAAAAUAAUUGAACAGCAUGUAUUGCGCGUUAAUUUCUACAAAAUAAUAGCUUUUACACGAUUUCAAAUUAUUGCUAUCACAAAAAGCGUAGAAAAAUCAAUAUCUUGAAGUAUGACUCCUAGUCUUGUAAAUCAAAUAAAGUAAUUCCUAUGCUUACCUUGAGAGGCAAGCUAAUUGUUAUUUAUAGUUGAUAGUAUAAAUAAGAUUUUGAUGAAUGUGACAGCAGUAUGAAUACGUGUAUCCUUCUUUGUUUCGUUUGUAUUGUAUACUAUUUAAAGAAGUAUUAUUAUUCAUGUAUAUUAAAUCUCCCUGGAUUCUAUAAAACAUCUUUUCGGGAUAUAAA